CACUACAAAUCUAUUACAUUUAUUGAGUAUUAUGUAUCUAGCCAGUAAAUCUUGUCUAAAUGAUACCCGAUACCUAGUUCACGCUGCUUCUAAUAGCUACCUAGGUACCGUACCUAAGCACUUAGGUACCGUACCUUCAGGGGCUGGAGGAAAUUAUCUUCACCACUCUGAUACCCCAACUACUGCUCUCCAAGAGACUCUCCCUCGUCUUCCUAUUCCUAACCUAGCGGACACCUGUGCAAGAUAUCUGAACGCACAGAGACCUCUCCUAACUGAUGCUGAAUUUGCUGCUACUUCUGAUACUGUCAACAAGUUCAGGAAGGGUGUAGGGAGAGAUCUCCACGCGGCACUCCUAGCCAGAGAAAAAACACUACACCCUCAACACAGCUAUAUCCACCAUGCCUGGCUUGACAUGUAUCAAUGUGACCGAGGCUCUGUUCUCCUCAACUCAAACCCCGUCCUGACCUACUCCGACCAUCCGGACCCAGCACUUAACACCCAGAUAGACAAAGCAACACAGCUGGUUACCUCCACUCUACGCUACUUCUGUACGCUGCGCGACAAUAAGUUACCACCCAUCAACGCGUGUAUGAUGCAGUUCCCGCUGCUGUUCCAGUCUACGCGUAUUCCCGGCAAGACCCGUGAUGAGAAUGUGAGAUUCCCUGAUUCUAGACAUCUAGCAGUGCUGCACAAGGGACAUGUUUACAGUAUUGAUGUUUUGGAUAGUAGAGGUGAAAUAAGAGACACUGUUGCUUUACAGUUAGCGCUAGAAGAGAUUAUAGCUGACUCACGUGCUCCUAACAAACAAGGAUUAGGGUAUUUCACUGCACUGGAAAGAGAAGAGUGGUCUAACGUGCGCGCAGAGCUUGAAGCGCAGAACAAACCUUUUCUAGAUGCCAUUGAUGAAGCAAUCUUCGUGUUAUGUCUGGAUGAUUUGAAGACCCAGAACUCAGGUGAGGUUCUGAAGAACGGACUGGUUGGAGAGGGCCACAACCGUUGGUUUGACAAGUCGUUUAGUUUGGUGGUUACUCAGGAUGGAAAGGCAGGUGUGAACUGGGAACACUCUUGGGGAGAUGGUGUGACUAUAAUGCACAUGAUAAAUAAUGUACAUACUGAUUAUUUGAGGCAGGUGCCUGUGAAGAGUGCUGGAAGUGAGGCUAUACCUGUUGUUAGAGUUGAUCCUGUCUACAGUGACUCGAUUCUAGGUCAACUUGAAAAGGCUAAAUCUCAGUAUGAAGCUUCUAAUUCGGGAUCCAAAGUUGUUGAUUUCAACUUUGGUGGUUUCGGAAAGAGUGCAAUCAAAAAGUUCGGAAUGAGCCCAGAUUCUGUGAGUCAGCUGAUAUUCCAGAUGGGGUAUUGGAGAACACACGGGGAGUGUGUGGGAACAUACGAGUCAGGUAGUACCGCUCAUUAUAGGUCAGGGAGAACUGAGACUAUCAGAUCCUGCUCGACUGAAACUAAAAACUGUUCUGUAGCAUUUGAUUACGAUCAUCAGGCCAGCUUAUCUGAGAUUGUGGAUCUGCUCAAGAAAACCUCAUCAAAGCAUGUGUCGCUUUGUAAGGAAGCUGCCCAAGGAGAAGGGUUUGAUAGGCAUUUGUUUGCGUUGCGCACGCUGAACCGACAUCAAGGGGAGAAAGAGUUGGAGUUGUUUACAGAUCCGAGUUGGGGUAAGAUGGCGAAUAUUGGACUGUCUACCAGUACUGUUGGGUCACCGGCUCUUCAACUAUACUUAGCUUUUGGGGCAGUUUCUCCUCAAGGCUAUGGGUUAGGUUACUUGAUGAGUAAAGAGAGUUUCGGAGCUGCCGUUUCCUGCUACCUGCCCAACGAUCACUUCAGUGAUUUUGUAGAUAAUCUGGGAAAAUCAGCUGAAGAUUUGUUGGCUGUGUUCCAAGGGAAGAACAUUAAACUUUCUAGAACUGUGUGAAUUCUAAGAUUUUUAUGAUGAUCUGGAUACGUAAUGUUUGUUAAAUGAUUUCACAGAUUGAAGUGAUGAUAGAGUUAGUUUAUGAGACAAUUAAAGAGACAUUUUUUAAAAUUAUAAUUUAUGAUGGGUAGUUUAGAUUUCUCAGCGGUUAGACGAUAUAGUGAUUAGUGACCUGGAAUUUUCGAAAAUUUCAUAACAUCAGGAUAAUUUUGGUUGAUGUUAUCCACAAGUAAAAUGUAUAUAUUAUUUAUUUGUAGUCGCCUUUUUAUGUUGCCUUGUUUCUCUAACAUGAUGGUAGCAAACAGAUACAUAUUUUAAUAUUUUAAUUGUUUUGAU